UUAUUCAUUCUCAUUCUCCACUCAGAAGCGAAAAGAUCAACAAACGAUCGUUCGAGUUCUAAUUACGCGGCAUCUGGCAGAUAGAUCUAUAUUUAGUAUUUAUAUUGGAAAAAGUCUUGGACAGGAUGCAGCUAUUUAUAUGCACAUUGGCCAUUGUCUUGUUGGCCAUUCCCAAUCUGGUGAUCAGUCAGUCGGGCAGUGGCUGCUACACAACAAACGGCGAACAAGGCCUUUGUGUGCCUCUCCAGAAAUGUCAAUUUGUGCGUGAUCUGCUCAUCACCUUCGGACGCAAUCUGCCACGCUCGAUACAGAAUGAGAUUCGGCAAGAGACCUGCUAUGGCGGACAGGGAGCACCUUUCCAUAUGUGCUGUCCCAGAGGUGCCGUCUUGGAACCCCAAAGCAGUGGCCCCAAAGAAACACCGACACCACCUCAAAAAAAAUCAUCGGGUAAUGUGCGACAAACCACACAGAAUCUCCGAUACAUCGAUCCCCAAGGCUUGGACGUCCUCAACUCUGUCACGGAGUGCGGUAAGAAGAGCAACAUCAAGCUGAGCCACGGUGAGCCAACCAAGAUUGGUGAAUUCCCCUGGCUGGCGCUGUUGAAGUACGCAAAGUCAGGGAGACCUUUUCAAUGUGGUGGAAGCUUGAUCACCGAUCGCUUUGUCUUAACUGCCGCUCACUGCACCAGAGGUGUCUUUGAUCUCGUUGGCGUGCGUCUGGGGGAACACAAUCUCGCGACUGAGGAAGAUUGCCAGGUGUUUGGCGGACGCCGCAGAGAAUGCUUGCCACCUUAUGAGGAGUAUGGCAUUGAUGAGAUACGCGCACAUCCCAACUCGGGAGCGGGUUCCAUCGGCUACGAUAUUGCCCUGCUCAAACUGGAUCGCACAGUUACAUUUAAGAUUCACAUCAAACCCAUCUGUCUCCCCAUUGACCGAACUUCCCAAGAUAUUGCCUACGAUCAGAGUUUCUUCAUCUCCGGUUGGGGCACCACAGAGAACAACGAACCAUCAGAUGUGCUGCUCAAGGCGGUGGUCAAGCGAAAAGAUCUCGAUGUGUGCCGCAACUACUAUGCGGAAGCUCCAGUGACUGAAAAUCAUAUUUGUGCAGUGAGCGAAGAUACUCAACACACCUGUCGUGGAGACUCUGGUGGUCCGGUCUUCUUCCUCCAUGCCUUCAAGCAAACAGCGCGCUAUGUGCAGUAUGGCGUUAUCUCAUUUGGAGGUCAACGCUGUGGCAUCCACCAGAAUGAACCAGGUGUGUUUGCCUCGGUUUUGGAUAUGUUGCCCUGGAUCACACAGAAUCUCCAAUGAUGAUCGCACCUCAUGAUGUUGACACUUAUUAUUAUUUAUUCUAACAUUAAGUUAUCGAUGCCAUUGCCACAGUCUGUUGUAGACAUUGUUUUUUAAAUUACCUAGUUUUAAGUAUUGCAAAAUAAAUUAUGAAUGCAUA